AUGAUUGGAGGCGCGGAUGGCUGCUGUGCGUCUGUUCCCAACGUGCCCCGAGCUCCGCGUCCACUCCCCUCCCUCGGCCUGAAUCCGCGGAGCUCCGGGUCCUGUCGUGGACCUGGUCUUAAGACUUCCCGAAGGUGGAGCGCGGGUAUGGGUACAAUGAUCAUUGAAGAUGUGGCUGUGGUCUUCACCCACGACGAGUGGGAUUUGCUGGAUCCUGCUCAGAGAAAACUCUAUACAGAGACGACCCCUGUCAAAGGUCAUCAAUGUGUAUGUAAAGAAUGUUUUAGAAUGGAUACUCAUCCUUCAUCUCUCAAGUUAAAUAAUUCCUAUCGUGAGGAACAGAAGCCUUCUGAAUGUAAGAAAGCAAUUCCUGAAGCCUCCUCCCUCACUCAACAUGUAAACACUCACGGUGGAGAGAGGCCCUGUAAAUGUAAGGAAUGUGGGAAAUCUUUUAAUGAUUCAUCAGGCCUGUCUGCACAUAGAGGAAACCACAGUGGAGAGAGGCCCUAUGAAUGUAAGGAGUGUGGGAAAGCCUUUAGAGUCAGCUCAGCCCUCAUUGCACACAGCAUUAUUCAUACUGGUGAAAGGCCUUAUAAAUGUAAAGAGUGUGGGAAAUCUUUUAAUAGAACCUCAAAUCUCAAAGUACAUAGAAGAACCCACAGUGGAGAGAAGCCCUAUGAAUGUAAGGACUGUGGGAAAGCCUUUAGGGAUUCCUCAUACUUGAUUAAACAUGUAAGAAUCCACAGUGGAGAGAAGCCCUAUGAAUGUAAGGACUGUGGGAAAGCCUUUAGGGAUUCCUCAUACUUCACUAAACAUAGAAGAAUCCACAGUGGAGAGAGGCCGUAUGAAUGUAAUGAGUGUGGGAAAGCCUUUAGAGUAACCUCAGCCCUCCUUGCACAUAUAAUAAUUCAUACUGAUGAGAAGCCUUAUAAAUGUAAAGAGUGUGGGAAAUCCUUUAAUAAAACCUCAAAUCUCAAAGUACAUAGAAGAAUCCACAGUGGAGAGAAACCCUAUGAAUGUAAGGUAUGUCCGAAAGCCUUUAGGGUGUCUUCACACCUCAUUUCGCAUACAAGAAUCCACACUGGAGAGAAGCCCUAUGAAUGUAAGGACUGUGGGAAAGCCUUUAGGGAUUGCUCACACUUCAUUAAACAUAGAAGAAUCCACAGUGGAGAGAGGCCAUAUGAAUGUAAUGAGUGUGGGAAAGCCUUUAGAGUAAGCUCAGACCUCAUUGCACAUAGCAGAAUCCACAGUGGAGAGAGGCCUUGUAAAUGUAAGGAGUGUGGGAAAUCCUUCACUAAAGCCUCAAACCUCACAAAACAUAGAAAAACCCACAGUAGAUAG